GUUCGUAUGAGUAUACUAUUUUCAACCGUCGACUUCUAGUUCUACUUGCUCAGCAGUUGUGAGUCUAUGUAUAGUAUGAUAGCGAGAUGGAGAUCAAACUUCUGCUCUUGUUGCGAAUCAAUUAGUUACACCUGUGCGUCAUUUGUAAACAUGUAAUAUGAAUAAAAAAUGGCUGAGAAAGCACCUGAAAAUAUUUCCUUCGGUAGGGCCGACGCUUACUACCGCCAGCGCGCCGAAUUGUAUCACGAGCAGACAAAGGACACACAGGAGCAACUCACCAAGGUCGCUGGGUGGCACUUGGAGCGGCGAGUACAGCAGCAAAUAGCAUCGAGUGACGGAAUUGCAAAAGGAAGGCAAUCCCUUUCAGUCCCUGUAACUCUUGAACUCGGCUGCGGGUCCGGCUUGUCGACGAAAUGUUUCCAGGAACAAAUUUCUCCGCAAAGUUACAUGAUCGGGCUGGAUCGUAGCAGCGAGAUGCUUCGCAUCAAUGACAAGACAAGGCGACGAGAAGAGCGCGUUCUGUGUGACUGUUUCGGCGCCGUGUUGCCAUUCCGGGACGGGGUUGCAGACCAGAUUUUGUCAAUCAGUGCCCUGCAGUGGCUUUUCGCCGUUGGCACCACGAACGAAGGAAAUGUGAACCGGGACGACAAAAACGAGAUCGUUGGCGACAGUGAACCGUCUCCCAAACGUCAGAAGCAAUCCCCGUCUAACCAAAGCCGCGGAAGCACAGACCAAAUUGACCCGCGAGCAGUCGCUGUCGAGGCCACCAAGCCAGAUCCGAUCGAACGAUUCUUCGUGGAUGCUGCCCGGGUCGGCGCCUGCGGCAUUUACCAGUUUUACCCGGUUCCCGGGUCCCCUGGUUGCAUCGACGUCCUAGUGAAAGCAGCGAGAAAAGCCGGCGGACACGCGGAAGCCUUCAUGCACUUCCCGCACAAGCAGGCGAAAAAGAAAUACUACCUCUGGCACGAUGCACAGUCAGCCAACAGCGCCAUUGCGUCUCCGGAUACAAUACCAGAGCUGCAGUCUCAGAAGAAGCAGCCUGCGGCAGACCAAUCUGAGCCUUGGUGUGCGUUGUGUUGGCCCUGGUGCGGCGCUGCUUGCACGGAGUCGUUGAUGAACACUGGCAAAGAAGCAACCGACGGCAGCAUGUCUGCCGAACAGAAACAGCCCGACAACGCUUAUCACGUGCAGCGCAGUCGGAAGGAGCACCUGAGCCUUUUCACCAGGUAUAUGCGCAAUAUGGUGCGCUUGGUAUCCGUCUCCGGGAGUGGAACCCGCGAAGAGCUUGAGGUUGCGAACCGCAUCCUGAGCGAAAUAGGCCCAGUCGGCGUGGCAGUCGGCUGGCACAUAUUUGAGACGUUAUUCGCCAAGAAAAGAGUGGCGGACCAGAGCAAAGCCCAGGCACAAAAUGCACCGUCAAUAGAGGAUGAAAAAGCGACCAUUCGUCGCAUCGUACGAUCAAUGGUGCAAGAGCGAAAAGAGCAAACCGAGAAGUAUGUUGACGUGUCAGGUACGGCUCCUGCUUGCGAUGAUUUGGCAGGCUCUGGCGCGACAGGCGCAAACGCAAUAAAGGUUGGCGAAUGGCCCAAGGCUGCUGCUACCGUGAACGAAGGGAAAGCGGGAAACGCAAAAGCACCGGUGCCAUCAAUUCCGACGGCAAAAGAGCUGAUGACUUUCAUAACCGACGACGAAGAAAAGAUUCAAUUUCUUCAUGUCUGCCCUUGGAAGGAAUUGCGACAUGCCCCGACACACCAAAUUCGCGCCCCCACAUUAGAGCAAUAUCUUGACACUCUACAGGCACCGUAGGUACCGCAUUUGGCGUCCGAGUGAUUUUUCUGCAACUUUUCAUACAAGAAACAUAUCAUCAACAAGCGACCGCGACAUUCAUGAAGAUCAUCUCACGAACAGCAACACAGUAGUCCAGUAGUACGUGCACGAGUAGCAUAUGUAAAUGAAUGUGAACACAAAUCCCCGCAACCGAAUGCGAAUGUACAGACAGAGUCAUCAAGUGCUUGCAAGUUUUUCAACAAGAGCUUCGAUUUAUUCG